AUGGGUCGUGGAGAGAGGUCGAUAACACUCGAGGGUAAGUGGACGCCGACGCCGACGCCCACGGAAAUCAUCUCCGGUAACCACGCCGACGCCCAUAUCUACGGAAAUCAACUCCGAGAAUCAACUCCGAAACCAACUCUGACGACGCCGACGCCCACACCCACGCUCACACCCAAGCUAUACAUGUUGGGUUUGGCGUUCGGCCCGCUCAACAUGGCGCCUCUGUCAGAGCUCAUCGGCCGUCGUUGGUUGUACCUGGUCACCUCGUUCAACAUGAUUGCGUUCGCAGAGAUAUUCUGGUUCUUAGAUCCAGUUCUACCUUCCCGGUCGCUCGCCUAUCAUCAAAGGGCGCAGAAGCUCCUGAUGAACGAGUUCAAAUUGACCAUGGCGCUCGCCUAA